AUGCUCUUGCCGGUAUCUACCCAAACGACAAAGCCAGUCUAUGCGCACUUUAUGCUCGGAAUCGUCGAAAACUACACCAUAUCAGACUGGCACCUCGACAUAACCCAAGCCAAAGAAAUCGGCAUCGACGGCUUCGCUCUAAACUGCGCCCCAGCCCGCAUCGACAGCUACACCCCCAAACAGCUCGCAAACGCCUACCAAGCAUCGCAAGACCUCAACUUCACCGUCUUCAUCUCCUUUGACUUUGCCUACUGGUCCACGGCCGAUACGACCGAAAUCACCUCCAUAGUAGGCAACUACAGCGCGCAUCCGGCUCAGGCACGGUAUGACGGCGGCGCCAUCGUGAGCACCUUUGUCGGGGACAACAUGAACUGGACCGCGGUGAAGAAUGGAAUACCUCCGGGACAAAAGAUUACUGCUCUUCCGAUGAUUCAGGAUCCUGCGUGGCUUUCUGUUGCGAAUACGGGUCUUGAUGGGGCAUUUUCGUGGUAUGCGUGGCCGACAGAUGGGGGCAAUAGUAUCAUUCCUGGUCCGAUGACAACUAUCUGGGACGAUCGGUACCUGGCGAAUCUGGGGAGUCGUCCGUACAUGGCCCCCGUCUCACCUUGGUUUUCAACUCACUUCAACACCAAGAAUUGGGUCUUCAUCACGGAAGAGCAACCCACCAUCCGCUGGGAGCAGAUGCUUGUCAUGAAGCCUGCACUGGUUGAGAUCAUUAGCUGGAACGACUUUGGUGAAAGCCACUACAUCUCGGGCUCACAACCAAAUCACUCCGACGACGGCUCCUCCGCCUGGGCAACCGGUUUCCCUCACGACGCCUGGCGCACCCUAAUGAAGCCCUACAUAGCAGCCUACAAGUCCGGAGCCCCCAAACCCACCGUCGUCAGCGACGAGCUAGUCUACUGGUACCGCCCAACGCCCAAGAACACGGUAUGCACAAACGACACCCUCGGCGCCCCCAACGGGAUCCAAUACCUUGCCGACGUGGUCUUCGUCGCCACGAUGCUAACGCAGCCCGCCGUGCUUACCGUCACCAGUGGGAGCCAGCCGCCGGUCGCGGUGCCAGUCGACGCGGGGAUCCAGACCACCAACUUCACCAUGGGCAUCGGCGCCCAGAAGUUCUCGGUAUCGCGUAACGGUGCUGUGAUUCUAGGUGGCACGAGCAGCAAGGAGAUCAGCGGGACUUGUGAGAAGUAUAACUUCAACGCCUUUGUGGGUUCCUUCGAAGCCUAA